AUGUUGAACGCAGCGUCCUCAACCGCUUUGACAUUCUCCUCCACUCCAAACUUUUAUCGUUCUCCUUCAUCAUUAUCUAUAGUUCUCCCAAAUCCCAAGACUAUCAUAUCCACUUAUGCGCGGAGCUCGGUCCUUGCCGUCAUGGAGAAAGCCAUCACUUGCGGCCACCUGACAGUCGCCGAUUCUGAGGGCGUUCAUCACUUCGGCACUCGCUCAAAAGGCUCAAACGAUGUCUACCUCAAAGUCGUCAACAACGACUUCUGGAUGCGUAUUCUAUUUUCUCAAGAUCUGGGCUUCAGUGAAGCCUACAUGAUGGGAGACGUCGAAGUCGACAGCCUCAAGGGUGUCAUGGACCUCUGGCUCGACAAUGAGUCUGGAAUGGAUAACUUGUCUUCUGCUGUCUCUCGCGUAACUUCGGCAAUUUCCGGCAUAUCGAACGCAUUUCUCGGCCAGACGCGCUCCCAAGCACGUUUGAAUGCCAUCGCCAGUUACGAUCAAUCAAAUGAGCUAUUCAAGGCCUUCCUCAGUCAGGAGAUGAUGUACUCUUGCGCCCUGUGGACCGAAGCCGAAGGUGGUGUCCGUGGAGAUUUGAUUUCUGGUCCCACACCCGGAGACCUGGAAGCUGCCCAGCUCCGUAAAAUUCGUUAUGUUCUCACCGCAGCCAAAGUCAAGCCAGGCGACCGAAUACUAGAAUUUGGUUCGGGCUGGGGCGGUAUGGCCAUCGAGGCUGCUCGCACGUUUGGUUGCGAAGUCGACACUUUGACUUUGUCAAAAGAACAAAAGGCUCUUGCUGAGGAACGCAUCAAGGCGGCUGGUCUGCAAGAUGUCAUCCGUGUUCAUCUCAUGGACUACCGCGAGAUCCCUCCUUCUUUCGAAAAGGCCUUUGAUGCUUUUAUCAGCAUCGAGAUGCUUGAGCAUGUGGGCUCUAAGCACUACCACGGCUACUUCAAACUGGUCGAUUUUGCUCUCAAAUCCAGCAAUGCAACAGCUGUGGUUAGUGCAUCAACAUUCCCAGAAUCCCGAUACUCUGGCUAUCAGCCUGAGGAUUUCAUGCGCAAAUACAUGUGGCCCAAUUCCUGCCUCCCUAGUGCCACGGCGCUCAUCACCGCCGCAAACACUGGUUCAGAAGGGCGUUUCACGCUCGAGGGUGUUGAAAAUCACGCGGCUCACUACCCACGGACGCUGCGCGAAUGGGGACGUCGUCUCGAUGCCAAUGUCAGACAGGACUUGAUUGUCAAAGACUACCCUAGUCUAAAAGACACGGCCGAAUUCGACACUUUCCGGCGCAAAUGGCAAUACCUGUUUGCAUAUGCAGGCGCUGGUUUUGCCAAAGGUUACAUCACCUGCCACAUGCUCACAUUCACCCGUCCAAAUGACUGCCCUGCCACCUGCGACUGA